AUGUGGAGCAAUGGAACUGAGUUUGCAGGUGUUGUUUCCCAAGCAUGGCAGAAGCAUGUUCAAGGAACUCCAAUGUAUUGUGUGGUGCAGAAGCUGGAGGAAUACAAUUUGGCAAAGCAAAACCUUGACAAAUGUCAGACUGCUCUCCACAACAAGCCAACUGACAAUGUUGCUAGAGAAAAUGAAAAUGUGGCUAGAAAAGAGUUGCUGCUAGCUCAGGACCUUUACUUUUCUUUCUUGAAACAGAAAGCAAAAGUGGAAUGGUCAAUGGAAGGAGAUCAGAACACAGCCAUUUUUCAUAGAGCUCUCAGGAAAAGACAAAUGCAGAACAAGAUUUACACUAUUCAAGAUAUACAGGGCACACAGGUCGAUAUGGUUGACAUUCCUAGGGCUUUCUUGGAGUACUAUGAUGCAUUACUGGGUACUGCUGCCACCUAA